UUUAAGAGGAUCCUCGAGGUGGUGGGGAGGUUUUCGCUGCUAGUUAACGGGAUCCAACUUGUUGGUCUGGCAGCAGACAGGGCAUGGGUGAGUGGCGACUGCUAGCGAGCUUGUUGGCCGCUGUGUACACAGUGACCAUCCGCGCCCAGUUCCCCCGGGAUUGUGUUCGGCCGGAGGCGCUGCAGAGUGGGGAGUGCUGCCCGCCGCUUGGCUCCAUCCCGGGCGACCGCUGCGGCUCCAGCCUGGGACGGGGGGUGUGCGCCGAGGUGCGGGCGGACCCGGCUCCUCACGGCGGGCAGUACCCGCACGACGGCGUUGACGAGCGCGAACGCUGGCCGCUCCGCUUCUUCAACCGCAGCUGCCGCUGCACCGCCAACUUCCACGGCUACAACUGCGGCGGCUGCCGCUACGGCUGGAGCGGCGCUGAUUGCCGCCGCCCGCUGCUGCUGCUCCGCCGGGACGUGCUGAGCCUGAGCCCAGGGGAGAGGGCGAGUCUGGUGUCCGCCCUGCACCGGGCCAAGCUCACCCCGCAUCCCGAUCUGGUGGUGGCCACCCGCCGCCGGCCGGACGUCCUGGGCGCCGACGGCCGCAGCCCGCAGUUCGACAACGUCUCCAUCUACAACCUCUUCGUCUGGACGCACUACUACUCGGUGCGCAAGACCUACCUGGGGGCCGGACGCACCUUCGGCGACGUCGACUUCUCCCACGAAGGGCCCGCCUUCCUCACCUGGCACCGCUACCACCUGUUGCAGCUGGAGCGGGACAUGCAGGUGAUGUUGGAUGACCCCACGUUCGCUCUUCCAUACUGGAAUUUUGCUACAGGAAGAAAUACUUGUGACAUCUGCACAGAUGAACUAAUGGGAGCCAGAAGCAACUUUAACCCUACACUCCUAAGUUCAAACUCUGUCUUCGCACUGUGGGGCAAUCUGUGUGAAAGUGUGGAAGACUAUGAUACCCUGGGAACUAUUUGCAAUGGCACUGAAGGUGGCCCAAUUGAACGGAAUCCAGGAGGGAAUGUUGCCAGACCAAUGGUGCAACGUCUGCCCGACUCUCAGGAUGUAGCCAAAUGUUUAGAUAUAUCAUCUUAUGACACACUGCCUUUCUACUCCAAUUCAACAGAUAGCUUCCGAAACUCGGUGGAAGGUUAUAGUGAUCCUUCAGGAACGUACAGUCCAGCAGUUCGCAGUUUGCAUAAUCUAGCACAUUUGUUUCUUAAUGGAACUGGUGGGCAAACCCAUUUGUCCCCAAAUGACCCAAUCUUUGUGUUGUUGCAUACAUUUACUGAUGCAAUAUUUGAUGAAUGGUUGAGGAGAAGUAAAGCAGAUUUAUCCAUCUUUCCAGUGGCAAAUGCACCCAUUGGACAUAACGGAGCAUACAAUAUGGUUCCGUUCUGGCCUCCAGUCACUAACGUAGAAAUGUUUUUGACAGCAGCUGAAAACCUUGGCUACAGCUAUGAAGUUGAAUGGCCAAACAAACCUCUCACAGUGUUGGAAUUAGUAGCGGUGGGGAUCCUUGUUGCCUUGGUGCUGGUCGCUGUAAUUUACACCAUCUCUACCAUAGCUUUACGCAGUAGAAGAAGAAAUAUGGCUGCCAGUGAACUGAAUGAACCACUCUUAAAUACGCCACAUAAGCGCUACUCAGAAAAUGAUGCAUCAACCAUCCUCCAAGAUAUCUCAUAACCUGCUCUCUCUGACUGUACCUUUGAUUUAAUUUUCAUGUAGACAGAUGACACGCUACUAAA